AUGUGUUUAUUUCAGUUAAUGGAGCGCACACUAAUGAAGCUGGACAAGGAUGAGUUGAAACAGUUUAAGAGCCAUCUGAGUCAGGAUUACCCAGAAUGCACUGGCAGUCAGCAGAAAGCCCAUGAGGUCCUGGAUGUUGUUAAGAUGCUGGAGAGCUGUGGCAGAGAGGAGUCUCUGAAGAUCACACUGCACAUUCUGAGGAAGAUGAAUCAGAAGGAUCUUAUAGACUCACUGGAGAGAGAUGUCCAGAGCAGUAAGAAUGACUCUAUAACAAGACAGCAACUGAAAAUUAAACUGAAGAAGAAGUUUGAAUGCAUAUUUGAAGGUUUAGCAACGCAGGGCCACCCAGUCCUCCUGAAUGAAAUCUACACAGAGCUCUACAUCACAGAGGGGGGAAGUGGGGGGAUCAGUAAUGAACAUGAGGUGAGACAGAUUGAGACAGCAUCAAAGAUACAAAUCACAGAGGAGACUGCAAUCUGCUGCAAUGACAUCUUUGAACCUUUACCUGGUCAGAACAAGGCUAUCAGAACUGUGCUGACAAAGGGGAUUGCUGGCAUUGGGAAAACUGUCUCUGUGCAGAAGUUCAUUCUCGACUGGACAGAAGAAAAAGCCAAUCAAGAUAUUCAUUUCAUCUUCCCUCUUACUAUUCGUGAUCUGAAUUUGAAGAAGGGGAGAGAAUUCAGUCUGAUGCAACUCCUCCAGCUCUACUUUCCAGAACUGAAAGAGAUUCAAAGUGUUGAAUGUGAUGGAGUCAAAGUUUUGUUCAUCAUUGACGGUCUGGAUGAGUGUCGCCUUCCUCUAGAUUUCCAGAACAGUGAGAUCUUGGGUGAUGUAACAAAGCCAACAUCAGUGGAUAUGUUGCUGACAAACCUGAUUAAUGGGAAUCUAUUUCCGUCUGCUCUCCUCUGGAUCACCUCCCGACCUGCAGCAGCCAGUCAGCUCCCUCCUGACCGUGUGAAUCGAGUGACCGAGGUACGAGGGUUCAAUGACCCACAGAAGGUGGAGUACUUCAGGAAGAGAAUCAGUGAUCAGGACCUGGCCAACAGAAUUAUCUCACACAUGAAAUCAUCUAGAAGUCUCUACAUCAUGUGCCAUAUUCCAGUGUUCUGUUGGAUUUCUGCUAUUGUUCUGGAACAACUGAUGAGUAGCGCUGGCAGUGGGGAAAUCCCCAAAACUCUGACUGAAAUGUACACACACUUCCUGCUCCUUCAGACUGAUGUGAAGAAACUGAAGUAUAAGGAUACCAUUGAGACAAACCCAGACAAGAUAACACUGUCUGACAAAGAAAUCAUCCUGAAACUGGGGAAGCUAGCUUUUCAGCAGCUGGAAAAGGGCAAUCCGAUAUUCUAUGUAAAGGACUUGAAAGAAUGUGGCAUUGAUGCUAGUGAAGCUACCGUGUACUCUGGCGUGUGCACAGAAAUCUUCAAAGAAGAGUCUGGGUUGUAUCAGGAGAAAGUCUAUUGCUUUGUGCAUCUAAGUGUUCAGGAGUAUCUGGCUGCCUUGUUUGUGUUUCUUACAUGUGUAAACGAGGACAGAAAUUUACUCAGUUCAGAUGAUUCAAACCCCAAAGGUGAAAGAAUCCAGCUGUCUGAGUUACACCGGAGUGCAGUGGAUCAGGCCUUACAGAGCAAGAAUGGACACCUGGACCUUUUCCUCCGAUUCCUUCUCGGCCUCUCACUGGACUCCAUUCAGGGCCUUCUGCAAGGCCUUCUGACACAGACAGGAAGCAGAUCACACAGCAUUAGGGAAACGAUAAAGUAUAUUAAGGAGAAGAUCGGAGAGGAAUCUUCAGCAGAGAGGACCAUCAAUCUGUUCCACUGUCUGUGUGAACUUGAUGACAACUCUCUAGUGGAAGAAAUCCAGACUUCCCUGAGAUCGGGAACACUUUCAGAUAAAAAACUGGAGCCACACCAAUGUUCAGCUCUGGCCUUUGUGUUGCUGAUGUCAGAGGAGGUCCUGGAUAUGUUUGAAUUGAAGAUGUACAACACAUCAGCAGCAGGUUAUCAGAGACUGUUACCUGUUAUCAAGUACUGCAGGAAGGCCAUACUGGACAGCUGUGAUCUCACAGAGGAGUCAUGUGACACUGUAGCUUCUGCUCUCCAGUCAGUCCCCUCACACCUGAUAGAGUUAGACCUCAGCUACAAUAACCUGGGAGAUUCAGGAGUGGAGCGGCUCUGUGUUGGACUGAACAGUCCAAACUGUAAACUACAGAGACUGAGACUGGACAGCUGUGAUCUCACAGAGGAGUCAUGUGACACUGUAGCUUCUGCUCUCCAGUCAGUCCCCUCACACCUGAUAGAGUUAGACCUCAGCUACAAUAACCUGGGAGAUUCAGGAGUGGAGCGGCUCUGUGCUGGACUGAAGAGUCCAAACUGUAAACUACAGAGACUGAGGCUGUCAGGCUGUCGAAUCACAGAGAGAGGCUGUGCUUCUCUGGCUUCAGCUCUUCAUUCAAACCCCUCACACCUGAGAGAGCUGGAUCUGAGCUACAAUCAUCCAGGGGAUUCAGGAGUGAGAGCGCUCUCUGCUGUACUGGAGGACCCCAGCUGUAAACUGGAGACAUUGCUUUUGAAAGAGUGUAAUCUCACAGAGGGCUGCUGUGAUGAUCUGGCCUUUGUCCUGCGUUCAUCCCACUCUGAGCUGAGAGAUCUGGAGCUCGGGGAUAAUGAUCUGCAGGAUUCAGGAGUGAGAGCGCUCUCUGCUGGACUGGAGGACCCACACUGUAAACUGCAGAGACUGGGGCUAUCAGGAUGUCGAGUCACAGAGACAGGCUGUGCUUCUCUGGCUUCAGCUCUGCGUUCAAACCCCUCACACCUGAGAGAGCUGGAUCUGAGCUACAAUCACCCAGGGGACUCGGGAGUGAGAGCGCUCUCUGCUGGACUGGAGGACCCCAGCUGUAAACUGGAGACACUGCUAGUGGACCAUGGAGGAGAGAACAGGAACAAACCAGGACUGCGUAAAUAUGCCUGUGAGCUUACACUGGACCCCAACACAGUGAGCAAGAAGUUGACUCUGUCUGAGGGGGACAGAAAGGUGACACGGGGGAAAGAGCAGCCAUAUCCUGAUCACCCAGAGAGAUUUGACUCCGUGGAGCAGGUCUUGUGCAGAGAGGGUCUGCGUGGGACUCGCUUUUACUGGGAGACUGAGUGGAGUGGAGGAUGGAUUCGCCUUGCAGUGGCAUAUAAAGGAAUCAACAGGAAAGGACAGGGUGCUGACUCUGUGUUUGGAUGGAAUAUAAAUUCCUGGAGUUUGACCUGCUCUGAUCAUUGUUAUACUGUCUGUCACAAUAAUAAGAGCACAGCCAUACCUGUCCCCCCUUUCAAGUCCCUCAGAGUAGGGGUGUAUCUGGACUGGCCGGCUGGCACUCUGUCCUUCUACAGCGUCUCCUCUGACACGCUGACCCUCCUGCACAGAUUCCACACAAACUUCACUGAACCCCUCUAUCCUGCCUUUGGGUUUUGGAAUGAGACUGAGUCAGUGUCCCUGUGCCAGCUGGAGUAG